AUGGAGGAAUUUGACCUUGUAGAUCAUGAGUGGUUUGCAUACAUGUUUAAGAUUAGGCAUAUUUGGAUCCCUGCAUAUUUCAAGGACUUGUUUAUGGGUGGGUUACUGCGUUCUAAUUCUAGGUCUGAAGUUGUAAAUAGUUUCUUUUGUAAUUUUAUAAACCCAUAUGUGACCUGUGUUGAAUUCUUUGCCCGUUAUGAAACUGCUCUUGAUGCUCAAAGGCAUGAACAGGAUGAGUUGAACAGGCUUAAUAAAUCUGAGCCUCAAUUGCUUACUCAUUUACACUUGGAAAAGCAUGUUGCUGUUGUUUACAGUUGUGCCAUCUUUUAUGAUUUUCAAGAAGAAUGCCAGGCAACCUGUUUCUCAUGUGGUCUUGAAAGUUGUAGUUCUCUAUAUGGAGAUGGUGUGGAGUUUUCUGUAAUUGUUGAUCAUGAGAAAAGGAAAAACUUUGAUGUAAAUUUUGACUUGGCCACAUAUGAGUGCAGUUGUACUUGUAAAAUGUUUGAGAGUCAAGGCAUCAUAUGUAGACACAUUCUGUUUAUUAUGAAAGGCAAGUCUAUACGUGAAAUUCCUGAUCUUUAUAUCAUGAAUCGUUGGAGAAAAGACAUUCUGAAGAAAGCUUCAGGCAUAAAUGCUGUCCUGGAUGAUGCUUCUAAGUAUGAUAAGAAGAAGCAAUUGGUGAGUGAUGUGUGGUCCAAGAUUUUCAGUUGUUUGAGUUUAUCUGAGCAAUCUGAGGAUGAUUUAUCUGGGCUUAUUAGGACAUUAUCUUCAUUUGAGGAGCAGAUGCUAACAAAGAAUAAUCCUGAAAAUGCAACUAGUUCAAAAGAGGUGAAAGAUGUUGAUAUUUAG